UGUCACUGUACCCGCACUAGAGAACACGACACUCCAUCAGCUAAUGACACACACCUCUCUCUCUACACACACACACGACGCCUCGGGUACAGCCACAGCGACCAAUCCUCCCGUCCUCUAGCCAGUGAAUGUGCGGUGCAGAGAACAGCAGGUGCAGGACAGCUUCACAUAACGGUUCGGCUCCUCUGCAGCGCCGAUGUGUUAUAGUCGAGGCUGAAGACUGAACCCCACCGCCGGACAUCAGCGAUUUGCUAGGCUGUGCGUUUCCAGCUGAUCCCCGUGUCGAUCCACAUCUAGCGACGGGUUUAGGAGUGGAAACGCACUGCCGUGGCGGAUAACGACAACGCGUCUCUGGGAUUUAAUCAACGCUAGGCCCCCGGCAGCAAUCCGGAGCGCCAACUGACACCUACCUGCCCAUCAUCAGGCCAACGCUUGCAGAGCUCUUUCAAAGGAACAACGCCGCAGCCACGCGUAGCGACAACCGCGCUCGCCUGAAGAAGCGCACUCUGGCCAUGUGGGCUGUCCGAGUUGGUUCACACCUACUACCUACCCCCCCGGAUGGUCUACCCCCCGCCCAUCGGCUCGGCGAGACGCAGAAGCGAGGAGACGAGCCGGCAGAGGGAGCGGGUGUGAUUCCGGGCUGGAGCCACCGCGUCCGCGCACACGCGAGAGCCCCGUCCCUCAGACAAAGAAACUGGAGUUCAAACACAAUUACGGAGACAACGCCGACUGCCAACAACAAGUACUCGAGCCUGGAUGCUUGUGUGUGUGUGUGGGGGGGCUUUUUUUCCCCCACCAGUGAUGAAGAGAUAAAAGAAGAACCCCCUUCUCCGCCAGCUGCUCGGGAACAUUUGAAAGUGUUAACGGCAAAGAAACGGUGGGAAUCGAUAACCUGAUCGACUCGGCUCUCCCCCGGGCUUUCCCUCGCUCUCGUUUCCCCCUCAGCAGAGGAAGAAGAAGAAGAAGAAGAAGAAGAGGGACAUGAGAUGGAUUUAUAAAGCCCGGCUGGUCGGUUUUUCUUUUGGGGGGAGGUGGAGAGCGCUUCCGCAGACUAAUGGGACGAGCUGUGGCGCUUUUCGCUCGGAUCUGAGCUAGGAUGAUUGACCCCCAGUGACCUCUCGCUGACCCUAUGCCAGCCCUUCAACAGCCCUGAGGGCCGAAAAACGUGAAAGCGCAAGAAUCCAACGGAACAAGAAGACAUGUCCCUCCCGGGGACCGCCCCCCUCCCGGAUCUCAAGCCCCGCUUUGGCCUCCCGUCCAAACCCAGAGCCAAACCCCCCGUCCCGCAGAAGCCAGCCCCCCCCAACGGCACGGACUGUCCGCUGGCCGAGAGGGCGAGCGAGGAGGGCGGCGCGGGCAAAGUGAAGAGGAUCGUGAGCCAGCUGUGCCAGGAGGAGGGCGAGAAGCCCAAGAGGGAACCGAAGAGGGCCCCCACCAUCAAACCCAAGCCCCCCAGGGCAUCCCGGGCUGGGAAGCCCGCCGUCACCACUGCCGCGGUCGCUGCCCCCCCACUCCCACUGAAAAAGAGCAAGACGCUGGAGAGGAAGGAGGAGGGAGGAAGAGGUGGAGAGAACGGCGCGGUCGUGCCUGGCUGCCAGGAUAGAGGUCGAUCAGAUCCAGAUGGUAGGGAGAUCAAUAUACAUCCCAGCUCCGGAGAAGAAGAGGAGGGGCUGUGCAGCUCAGCAGCGCCCCCUAGCUUGAGCUGUGAAAACAACUGUGGCUGCCUGUGCCACCAGAAAUGGCCAGGCAUGAAGCUGGUGUGGGUGCCCAUCGAAGAGGAAGGGGGGGAAGAGGAAGAGGAGGAGGGGGAGUCUGAGACCGAGAAGGGUGACCAGGGAGAGAGUAAGAUAAGGGAGAAGCAAAUGAAAGACGAUGUUGAUGGCAACACCGUUCCUUUGGGUGGACCUGCAAUCCCCAAGCAGGAAAGCCUGGAGAUGGAGGAGGAGUCUCUGUAUGAGACACAGCUGAUGACCUCUGCAGACCCCAGCGUGCAGCAGGAGCCAGCGGUCAAGGAGCCCAUAGCCAAGACCAUCCCAUCCAUCGUUCUCACCAAGCCGCCCAGGAAAAGCAAACAGAGAGCCUCGCUGCAGCCACCCUCAUCCUCCAUAGAGCAGGAGGACCAGGCCCCCGCUAUUCCUCCCAGAGUACCCCUCAUCCAGGCAGGCUCCGGCCGCCCAGUCUCCAUGCCCACGGGAGGAAGGUUCUGCGGCCUGCCCAUCUCCCUCUUACCUGAGGACUGUCGCCCCCUCCGACCCCUGCCUCCCGCCGAUCGCAGCCUGCCGCCCAGCCCCAUGGUCGCCAGGAACUCCAACCAGCAGAGCCCAAACAGCAGCGGCCUCAACUCCCUGUCCAGCGAGCUAUCCCAAGAUGGAGACGAUGAUGAUGACAUCGGGCACGACUGGGAAAAAGUGGACCCUGUCUUCAAAGAGGAUGACAGCAGUGAGUGGAAAAGAUUGUUUUUCUGCACAGCUGUGAUUGCACUCUCCUGUGUCAGGCCCGCAGGCACACCGCCACGGAGAAUGUCCAUAGACUGGGAGUCCAGACUGCAAGACGAGCCACUCUACCAGACCUACCGGGCCUCCGUCAUUUCCAAGGAGAUCAAGAGGCAGACCGUCUCCAGGAACAUCAGCAAGACCAGCCAAGACUUCACCGCUGACCGGCUGAGCACUCUGGAAGGCCGGGGGCAGCACGGGCAGAGCUUGCUGUGGCAGGAGCUGCCUGCUGUGAAGGAGUGCGGCAUCCUGGCGAAGCUCAGUCCCGCCCAGUGCAAGUACCAGGAGAGCAUGUUUGAGGUGCUGACGUCAGAGGCCUCGUACCUGCGCUCCCUCAAGGUCCUGAUCGAGCACUUUAUGGAAUCGCGGGACCUGGAUGGGACCCUCAUAAUCCGCGAGAAGAAGAUCCUCUUCUCCAACAUCCUGAAGAUCCGCGAGGUCAGCGAGAGGUUCCUCAAAGAUCUGGAGGAAAGGGUCGAAGAGUACCUGAUCAUUGGCGACAUCUGUGAUAUCAUACACUUCCAUGCUCAGCACAGCUUCCCUGCGUACAUCGACUAUGUGCGCAACCAGAUCUACCAGGAGAAGACCUACAGCCACCUCAUGCAGAAAAACGUGCAGUUUGCCGCGAUGAUUGCCCGGUUGCAGGAGUCUCCGCAGUGCCAGCGGCUGCCCUUCAUGUCCUUCCUGCUGCUGCCCUUCCAGAGGAUCACCCGCAUCAAGAUGCUCAUCGAGAACAUCUUGAAGAGGACGGCCGAGGGGACCAAGCAGGAGACGAAUGCCUCCAAGGCGCUGGCCUCGGUCUCCAAGAUCAUCGAGGAGUGCAACAAUGAGGUGGGAAAGAUGAAACAGAUGGAGGAGCUGAUACAUAUCCACCAGUCACUGGAGUUUGACAAACUCAAGGCCUUGCCCAUCAUCUCCCAGAACCGCUUUCUGGAGAAACGCGGGGAUCUGCAGGAGAUGUCUCGGGGUGGGACCCUGUUCAGCUUGAGGCCCAAAUUCACCCCUAUCCAUCUCUUCCUCUUCAAUGAUCUCUUCCUCAUCACCAAGAGAAGCUCAGACCGUUAUGUUGUGAUUGACCACGCCCACCGCUCGCUGGUGCAGGUCCAGCCUAUUGACGAGAUGUCCUCAGCACAGGGGAUAGACAACUGCUUCUGCCUCACGCUGCUGGAGAACCACCGGGGCAAGAUGUUCGAGCGCAUCCUUAAAGCCCCCACACAGCCAGAUAUGGAGCGCUGGAUGGCAGCAUUCCCCAACCCCAACAACUCUGAGAACACGGAGGACGAGACGGUUUAUGAGGACUGGGACUGUCCCCAGAUGCAGUGUGUGAAACAGUAUGUGGCUCAGCAAGCUGACGAGCUGGAUCUGGAGCCCACGGAAAUCAUCAACAUUGUGCGCAAAACCAAUGAAGGCUGGUACCAAGGCAUCCGGCUCGCCGAUGGCCAGAAGGGCUGGUUUCCCGCCGGAGUCGUUGUGGAGAUCACCAACGAGCAUGUGCGGAGAAGGAACCUCCGGGAGCGGUACAGGGUGAUUAAAGCAGCUGAACAGUUUUCCAAGUCCAAGACUGCCUCCUAGUGGAAGGCAGGUGGAUUCUGGAGAGAGUCUGUUUUCUGCAGUUGCAGUUACCAAUCACCCACGCGUGCUCUUUGUCCAGAGACUUGUACCCAUGUGGGAGCUGAGCAGUAACGAUACCUAGGGUGCAAUUCUGACAGCUCUGGGUUUCUCUUGUCACUUGCAGCCCGUUUCCCAGGAUGCAACAGGGGUCAGAAGACGUCAAGGUGAUGCAUUUCAAAGCUUUUGUGGACAAGGAGAAUAUUAAGACAUUUGAAAGCUAAAAAAACAUUUGUUGGUGGGGACUCACACAGGAAAGGCUGGUAUCCUCAAGUUGGUUCCUAAUAAAGUGGCCGCAGUCAUCGCGUUUGAACACUUCUGGGUUUUAUGUACACCUAGGAAGUGCAUGUUGUGUACCACAAAUUUGGUACCGCCCAAAUGCAUGCCCUCUUUGAUACUUAACAUAGCUCAGACCUCAGCCUCCCAGCUUCCCCACUGCCUAUUAAUCAGCAGCAUAAUCGACAGAACCCCCUGACCUGCUGCUCUGUACAAAAUAAAAUGAGGAAUUUGCACAUAAACGUAACAGAUUGAUCGCCUUAGGAACCAGGAAGAGCUGUAUCUUUAAUCAGCUGGAUCUAGCCCACUAUUUAAGGAUGUAUUUAUAGAGCUUUGUGUUUGAAUGGAAAGUGACACAGACGGUUGUACGUAGUGCCAGCAUACCAAUGCCAUUUUGAAUACAUGUACAGUAUGCUUGCUGUCUUUGGUGGUUUGUGAAACAGGGAUUCUGGUGCCUCUCUGGGCUUUUGUAAGUGUAAUAAAGGUUAAAAUAAGAAA